AUGUCAACUUCUACUACCAACAGCUUCGUUGCAGUUGCAGGUGCUACAGGAAACUUAGGUUCCCUGAUAGCCAUCAACCUGCGCAAAAGGAACAUCACAGUCAAAGCUCUCGUCCGUCCCGGCACAUCACAAUCUCGCACCCAAAGUCUCCGCGACGCCGGCGUCAUCAUUGCAGAAGUUAAUAUGACUGAUGUGCCAGCCCUGACAGAGGCUCUCCAAGGCUGCACUACCGUUGUCUCGGCACUACAAGGUCUCCGAGAUGUCAUGCUCGGCGCGCAAGGCACUCUCCUUGACGCCGCCGUCGCCGCAAAAGUUUCUCGCUUCAUCCCCUCCGACUUCUCGUUGGACUUCACGAAAUGCGCGCCUGGGUCCAACCGGAAUCUAGAUCUGAGACGCGAGUUCCACGAGAAGCUUGAUGCGUCGGGCAUUCAAUGGACUAGCGUGUUGAACGGAGCCUUUAUGGACUUAGUUGCUAGCGGACAGAUCCCGCUCAUUCAUGAGGGAUGGCAUAGGGUUUUGUAUUUUGGUAGCGCGGAUCAGCUUCUUGAUGUCACGACUGUACCGGACACUGCUGCGUACACCGCCGCUGUGGCUGCGGAUCCGAACCCGACGCCAAAGUUUUUGCGUAUCGCGGGUGACUCUUUCAGCGCGAAGAGUUUGGCUGAGACGGUGUCUAAAUUGCGAGGAGAGACGUACACACCGAUGUGGACGGGAAGUGUUGGCGUCCUGCAAAUAUUGAGUGCGAUCUUGAAGUUCUUUAUUGGAGGGGAGGAGGAUAAGCUAAUGCCAGCAUGGCAGGGGAUGCAGUAUUUGGAGAAUAUGGUUUCGGGAAGGGGAAAGCUGGAUCCGUUGGACAACGAGCGAUAUCCUGAGCUGGAAUGGACUUCGAUUGAGAUGGCACUGAAGGAGGCGGAUGAGGAGAAGGCAUCGAACGCUAAGAUGGCUUGA